AUGCUCUCCACGCUCUUUACCAUGCUCCUCGCCGCCUUGGUGGCGAACAUCACCGUCAGCGCCUCCCCAGUGAACGGGACCGCCAUCGAAGCGCGAUCCGGCACGCGGCCCAGCCAGGGAGUGAGCAACGGGUUCUUCUACUCGUUCUGGACGGACGGUGGCGCGACCGUCUACUACACAAACGGUGCUGCAGGUCACUACGACGUGAUCUGGAGCGGGAACGGUAACUUCGUCGGCGGAAAGGGAUGGAACCCGGGCUCCCGCAGGUCGAUCACUUAUAGCGCGCAGUACUACCCCAACGGGAACAGCUACCUCUCCGUCUACGGAUGGACGACAAACCCGCUUGUCGAGUACUAUAUCACGGAGAAUUUCGGAACAUACAACCCCUCGACCGGCACCGCGCAGGUCGGCACGGUCUACUCGGACGGCUCGAACUACAAGAUCUCUCGCACCAAGCGCGUCAACGCGCCCUCGAUCUCAGGCACCGCGACCUUCGACCAGUUCUGGUCCGUCCGCGACAACCACCGCUCGUCCGGGACCGUCACCACUGCCAACCACUUCAACGCGUGGGCCGCGCAUGGCAUGCACCUCGGCAGCAACUUCAACUACCAGAUUGUGGCGACGGAGGGCUACUUCAGCAAGGGUUCUUCUCAUGUGACCGUGUCCUAG